AUGUCGUCGCCGUUUGUGUACGCCGUUUCGCGAAAAAUUUCGUCAGAAUGACUCAAUCAUUGAUUUUUCAGAAGCGAAACAAUGGCUUGUGGACUCGCUUUGAAGAGACCUUUGCAGCAUGAAUAUGAGUCUUUUUUGACCGAGGAGUCAUACAGCAAUGAAGCAAAGCGAGCACGGACGCAAUGCCCACCUUUUCGGGCUCAAAUGGGAACAAUUGCAGCAACGUUGCCAUCGACUAGCACAUUCGCGCAGAAGUUCAAGGAACAGGUUUGUGAUUCCGAAUUUUACAUCGCCGAGUUAUAUCAUAAAAGUAACGGCCGUAAAGUGGCGAACAGUCGCGAAUUUUAUAGGAUUCUGGACAUACUUUUUCAAGACAACAUUUGUUGCGAAAUUUAGAAAAAUCGAUUGGUCAUGCCGAUAAUCGUCAAUUUUUUUUAGGGGGAAAGUGUUUUCCAAGCGGCCACAUUGAUGACCCGUCUUUCGAAAAACCAGCUCAAGACUUACCUCUGCUCUGAGGUCAAAAAUCUCCGGAAGAGAAAAGCUAUCCCGCGAUACAACGACACGGACGAUGACGGUGAUCAGAAAGGCGAUGGAACUUGCUCGACAUACUCGAAGUCUUACCGUGCCCCGUCCUCACCAAAGGUAAAGCCAGCCAUUAAUUUCAGAAAACUAGGCAUGUGUCUGUUUUUCCUCUUCAAAGUUUUCAAUACUUUGUCGAGCCGAAUCGGACACAAUAGCAACGGCAGAUAGCAACUAGUUUAGCUCCUCGUUAUUGGACGAACUAUACUAAUUUUCUGACUACAAAACUAGGUUUUGAUGUGAAAAUUUUUACUUUUUUACAAUACUUUGAUUUUUCAGUCCGGUUCCGACUCGGAAGGCGAAGCACCGUCCACUUCGGUCAAUUUGCGCAUUACCACGAAGCGGGAAUUCACGAUGGCCAAUGUUCAAGCCAUUUGCGAGCGUCUGCUCAAAGAACAAGAAGUCCGCCUGAGAAACGAGUUCGAGGUGGUUCUGGCCAAAAAAUUGGAUGGUACGACAUAACUGCGUUCAGUUCUCAAAAAAAUUGUCAUUUUCAGAGCAACAUCAGCAGUAUGUUCAAUUUGCUGCCGAACAGCUCGGACAGAAGUGUGUCACUGCCGGAGACGACUACUCUUACUCCUACCUCUCCUAA